AUGUGCACUAAUUCAUCAUAUCUAUUACUUCGAAGGCUUCGGCACCUGCGAUCCAUUUCAAUAUGCAAUGUUAGCUUGAUACGUGGUGACAAUAUCCAGGGAACGAAGUGGAAGUUAUUUCCAUGUUACCUCAUAUUAGAGGACACUUCAGGGGAAAUAGUUUAUGUCAGUGAGGUUCAGACGGGCGCGCACACUAGUUUACGUUUCAAUGAGCUCCCAUUAUUGGAGAAUGCCGUACAGACAUUCGUUAGCUUGGAGGUUGUAGCUCAAUUACCUUCACCCGAGUUCCCAAAAAAUGACUGGGUAGUCCUGUGUUCUUAUAGUAUUGAUUUUAACAGUUUGACAUAUGUUGGAAAAACUCACCCCUUAAGCAACGUACCUGGAAUUAACGUUCCUAUCUUUGAAUUUAAUGAUGGCUAUUAUGCAUUGACACCAAUACCAUACGAAGAACCGACCAAUACUCCUAUAAAGCUGCAGACCAAGAAAAGCAUUACAUUUAACUCUCUUUUGAAAUUAGGAAGGAUGUUGGAGUAUCUCUCACAGGUGAAGCUCGAAUCACGGAAGUUUGCAUAUGAUCUCCAAUUCCUUAUACAAGAGUUGCACGAGGAAGAGAUGGAUAUGGCGAUAAAAUCUACUUUAAUGGAUUUAGAAUAUCAAAAUGAAAGGAAAUUAGCGGUAUUGGGAUCACUGAAAAGAUGUGUACUACAAAUCUCCCCAAAACCUGAAGAGGAGGAGCCCUUCGAUAAUGAUUACGGUUCCAUGUAUUCAGAACUUGUACAAAAGAAACAUCGCAUUUUAAAUCUCCAGGAACGCAAAUUCAAGAAACUCAUUGAUAUCUUCACUAAUACAACCCUAUUCCAGAGCCCAUAUGUCAUUCUACAUGCCGCUGACGCGGACUCUCCGUACAAUAUUUCACUAGAGAAAUUAGAUUUACAGACCAUAUUGCACACAGAUAAUAGGAUAUCUAUGAAUACAAUGCUUGGCUAUUAUCUGCUAUUUAUUAGUAUCCUAGCUCGCAAGAUAUGCUACAUUCCACUACCCUAUAGCUUAGCAUAUUAUGGUAGUACGUCUGUUAUCAAUAAUACUUUGCCAUUAUAUCUCACCUUAUCGCCUACCCAACAGCAGAUAGAGAGUUUUUCAACCGCCAUAGACUUAUUUAAUAUGGACAUAAUGCAGGUUAAACAGUAUUUGUAUAACCGUCGUGAGUAA